UAUUGCCAACAGAUGAUGAUACGUCUGCUGCAUUUGUUAUAAAUACAGUAUGCUCAUGAAUAUAACAUUUCAUAUGAAGACAAGGUUUUCUUUUCGUUCACAUGUACCAAUAUACCAUGCUGAUGGAAAAACGAAGUGGGAUUACCUUGCUGCUGUUGCUGUGUCAACAUGUAAUCCAAUAAAACAAACAGUGGCCUGUGAAGGACAAUCUGCAUCCCUCAGUUGUGACACGGGAUUCAUACAUGUCAGUGAUGCCAACUAUGGAAGGAAUGAUGGCAGUUUAUGCUCUGCUGGACAACGACGUGAGUGGCUCACAAAUGUUCACUGCUUCCAAAAAACAUCCCUCCAAACGAUGACCACAAGGUGUAAUGGAAAAAAAAGCUGUUCUGUUCAAGCGGUGAACUCAGUUUUCUCGGAUCCUUGUUAUUGGACUUAUAAAUACCUGCAUGUGUCUUAUCUGUGUCGCCCACUUAGUAAAUCAAUAAUUAUACACAUAUAAUUUCCAACCUAAACUUUGAAGUUGAUAUUCUUAAAGGCUUAGUGUUACCCCAAAAUGAAAAUUCGGUUAAUAAUUACUCAUCCUCAUGUCCUUCAAAAUCCAUAAGACCUUUGUUCAUCUUCGGAACACAUAUUAAGAUAUUUUCAUCCCAUAGACAGAAAAGCAAAUAAAAUGUUCCCGGACACUGAAAUGUAGCAAAAACAUCGGUAAAACAGUCCAUGCGACAUACAUGGCAAAACAAAAAUGACGACUUUAUUCAACAACUCUUCUCCUGCGAGUUACAAUUUUCCACCAUCUUUCAAUCAAUGAUCUUUCCACCAAUUUUCAAUCACAAUGCAUUUGAAUGCUUCACCCUAAGUGUAAACAAUAUUAACUCGUUAAAUAAAUUGUUAUUUUGUUUUCUUUGUGCAUAAAAAGUAUUCUCUGUAUGUCACAUGGACGGUUUUACAGAUUUAUUUACUACGUUUCUCUGUCUGGGAAGAUUUCAAUUGCA